ACUGCUGCAUAAUUGGGAGCUCCAAGUCGCUGCUGCCUCCAGGAGAGAUCAGUGGGGCUAUUGCUUUUUCCUUUUGGAAAAAAAGCCACACAUUUGAUCACCGUCCACCUGCAAAGGGGAGUUUUUAUUGAAGAAGCUCCAGCCGCGCUCUCGUUGCCAGCAGCCCAGUGGCGGGGCUCUCGCAGAGUGAGCGACUUCUCAGGCCAGGCAGGACAGCCGUGCUAGCAAAUUUGAAAGAGCAGGAAACAGCCACUGCAUGCAGAGCUUCCAGCCAUACAGCUCCCCAGGCUAGCCUUCCAAGCAGCCGUGUAGCCAGAGAUCCUUGGUAUUGUGGUCACAUCCCUCCUCCAAAGUGGACAGUCACCGCCGGCAACACUGGGAGGAAGCCGUGAUGCUGCAGCUGCUGUGGCAUUUUCUGUCUAGCUUUCUCCCUAGCGCUGGGUGCCAAGGCUCCAGAGAGGGGACCAGUAAUGAAGUCAGAGGCACCCCGGCUCCAGCUCAGGGAGACCAGAUGUCGAGCUUUUUGGGGAAACAGGACGGAAGGGCUGAGGCCACGGAAAAGAGACCCACCAUUUUGCUGGUGGUCGGACCCGCAGAGCAGUUUCCUAAGAAAAUUGUGCAAGCUGGAGAUAAAGACCUCGAUGGGCAGCUCGACUUUGAAGAGUUUGUCCAUUAUCUCCAGGAUCACGAGAAGAAGCUGAGACUGGUGUUCAAGAGUUUGGACAAGAAGAAUGAUGGCCGGAUCGAUGCCCAGGAGAUCAUGCAGUCCCUGCGGGACCUGGGAGUCAAGAUAUCUGAACAGCAGGCCGAGAAGAUUCUCAAGAGAAUACGAACGGGCCACUUCUGGGGCCCUGUCACCUACAUGGAUAAAAAUGGCACGAUGACCAUCGACUGGAAUGAGUGGCGAGACUACCACCUUCUGCACCCUGUGGAAAACAUCCCCGAAAUCAUCCUAUACUGGAAGCAUUCCACGAUCUUUGAUGUGGGUGAGAAUCUGACGGUCCCCGAUGAAUUCACAGUGGAGGAGAGGCAGACGGGGAUGUGGUGGAGACACCUGGUGGCCGGAGGCGGGGCGGGGGCCGUAUCCAGAACUUGCACGGCGCCCCUGGACAGGCUGAAGGUGCUCAUGCAGGUCCACGCCUCCCGCAGCAACAACAUGUGCAUCGUGGGCGGGUUCACGCAGAUGAUUCGAGAAGGUGGAGCCAGAUCGCUCUGGCGAGGCAACGGCAUCAAUGUCCUCAAAAUUGCCCCCGAGUCGGCCAUCAAAUUUAUGGCCUAUGAGCAGAUCAAGCGUCUCGUGGGGAGAGACCAGGAGGCUCUGCGGAUUCACGAGAGACUUGUGGCUGGGUCCUUGGCUGGGGCCAUCGCCCAGAGCAGCAUCUACCCAAUGGAGGUUCUGAAGACCCGGAUGGCCCUGCGCAAGACAGGCCAGUACUCAGGCAUGCUGGACUGUGCCAAGAAGAUCCUGGCCAGAGAGGGAGUGGCCGCCUUCUACAAAGGCUACGUUCCCAACAUGCUGGGGAUCAUCCCCUACGCUGGCAUAGACCUAGCCGUCUACGAGACGCUCAAGAACGCCUGGCUGCAGCGCUACGCCGUCAACAGCGCGGACCCUGGCGUGUUCGUGCUCCUGGCCUGCGGCACCAUGUCCAGCACCUGCGGCCAGCUGGCCAGCUACCCACUGGCCCUGGUCAGGACCCGGAUGCAAGCCCAAGCCUCCAUCGAGGGCGCUCCGGAGGUGACCAUGAGCAGCCUCUUCAGACAGAUCCUACGGACCGAGGGGGCCUUUGGCCUGUACCGGGGGCUGGCCCCCAACUUCAUGAAGGUGAUCCCAGCCGUGAGCAUCAGCUACGUGGUCUACGAGAACCUGAAGAUCACCCUGGGCGUGCAGUCACGGUGAUGGGCCAGGGGCAGCCGUGCCUGGCUCGGCGGACUCAUGGAUCCCGGGCCCGCAGCCCCGGGGUGCGCAGCCAUCCAUUCUGUGAAUGUGCCAACACUAAGCGGACUAAAGCCAAGCUGUGAAGAGCCUGGGAUGCGCCCACGAGGGAGUGGGGGAGGGCCCGGCAGGCCCACCGGCUGCGUCCUGCUGACCCUGGCCGGCCGGCACGUCUGUCCCAGGGGCCAGCAGGACACGGGCAUGUGCACGCAGGGACACAACAUCUCCAGUGGUGCCUGCCGGAUGGCGGGGCCCAGAGCCGGCUUCGUUCUUCUUCCAUCGCGCAGCCAGACCACCAGCCACGGGCCCUGCCCUUUGGCCUGCCGGGCGCCCACCCCGUACCCGUCUUGCUUCCUUCCUCGCUGCCGUGUUAAUAUGGUAGGAGGAGGGCACCAGCCCUCCCCCAUGUUAGCGCUCACUCCUCUCCCCUCGAUCCGAGGAGGCCUGGCUUCCUGGCCUGCAGGGUCCCCUCUGGACAGGUUGUGCCAGCCAGAGGGAGGAGGAGUCCGGCUUUGUGCUCACCCUCAUCUGAGCCCUGCUGUUGGCUUCUGAGCUCCCCAACAGACGGGCGCCUGGAUGUGAGUGUGCAUGCCAGGGACAGGGCCCAGCACCUCUGCUGGCCGCCUGGCAUCCCGGUGCGUGGCUUCCCAGAAGGCGCAUGCUGACCCCUUGCUGCUCCUGCUCCCGGGGGGUGGGGGCGGUUGACAGGGCGUAUCUUGGUGCUCUGAGCUGGCCCCAGACUCUGUCAGGACUGGAGCCGGCUCAGAACCAAAACUCCCUGUCCCCGCUCUUGAAUGAGAACAGAGCGGGCAUCCCGGAGCUGCGGGAAGGGGCAGCCGCUGCCCCGCAUCUGUGCACCCUGAUGAGAGAAGGAAAAGGUGUUCAAGGCCUUAACUAGGUGUCAUUGGGCAAAGGGUUUUUGUUCAGAAGGACAAGCUGGACAGAUGGGUACAUUCUGUGCUUCCACAGGGAAGACAAAGAGGGUAGAGAGCCUGGCCGACUGCAUUAAAAAGUCUGUUUCCGAGCCCCUGGGGAUUCGUGUCCGAUCCCAGUCGGGGCAGAGUGGGACCAGCCUCACAUUCCACUGGCGCAGGGGGUCACACUGCUUGGAGCCUAUUUAUUUCGUAUUUAUUUGAACAGAGUUAUGUCCUAACUAUUUUUAUAGAUUUGUUUAAUUAAUAGCCUGUCAUUUUCAAGUUCAUUUUGUAUUCAUAUUUAUGUUCAUGGUUGAUUGUACCUUCCCAACCCCCUCCAGGCCGGGUGGGGAGAGGAAGGAGGGCCCGUGGGAGUGACCUUUCCCACUACUGGCCACACUGACGUCAAGUCUGUCCAAAGAAAUUCCACGGAACUGGCGACAGAUAAAAGGUCAGGUGGGGGGGGCCCUGGUCAAGGGGAGAUGACCUUGGGCAGGUUGGGACAGAGCUCGCACCCAGGAAGCCUUAGGAUCUGAGGGUUCGAGAAGGGGCAGGAAGAGUGGCAGAAAUUUCAGUUCCAUUGAAGAUGGAAGUCCAAAUCAUUUCUUGGGCUGGGAGGAUCCCUUCAUUUCAUCCUUUCGAAUGAUAAGGCGCUGAGGGGCCUAUCACUGUGAGUUUGGGGUGGGGGCCCCAGGAGAGGGUGGCCAGUAUCCCGCCCUGCCUGUGCAGCGGGCUCCCUCCCGGGACCCCUCUCCCCACCGCCCCCCCAGCCACUGCCACCCCUGCUCAGCAUGCUGGUCAGCCUGCGACUUGCGGUCGCACUUCCAUUCCACCAGAAUGGCCUGGUGAGGACAAUUCAAAUAAGACGCAAAGAUCAAUGCAAAAAUUAUUGUUAUAUAUAAAUCUAGCGAUAACUGGAAUUUUUGAAAAAGCAAAUUAAGAAAGAAUUGGACGUUGUCAUUUAAAACAGCCUUCUAAUAAAGUUGUUUCAAAGCGG